UAAGCGACAUUCGUUCCGUGACCAUCAAGGAAACCCAAACAAAAUGCCAUCCAUCCGACCACUGAGCCCGGAGCUCCAGGAGAAUGCGAUUAAAAUUUUAAACGAAGUGCCCGAGAGAUUGGACGACGAUAUUGCGGCUCUGAGGACUUGGAUUAAGCAGCAGCCCCACCUUAAGGCUCGUACCGAUGAUCAGUUCCUGGUGAACUUCCUUCGAGGAUGUAAAUUCAGUUUGGAGAGGACGAAAUCAAAGAUCGAUCGUUUCUACACCCUGCGCACAAAGUAUCCCGAGUUCUAUGGGGGUCACAAUGUUGACGUGGACAAGCUGCUUGAGAUUUUCCGAUUGGGUUCCAUUGUUCUGUUGCCACGUCCACUGAACGAUAAUGGCCCACGUUUGGCUUUAAUUCGAAUGGCAGCCUAUGAUCCCAACAAGUACACCUUCCAGGAAGUAAAUGUCGCUGGCAGUCUAAUGCAGCAAAUAAUGCUCGACGAGGAUGAUGUGGCCAUUGUUAAUGGCAUGAUCUCCAUUCUCGAUCUGUCCAAUGUGACCACAGGACACUUCCUGCAGAUGACUCCCACCUUUGCCAAGAAGAUGACGGUUUUCCAGGAGGAGGCUCUGCCAUUGAGACCCCAAGGAAUUCAUUUCAUAAACACGCCGAAUGGUUUUGAAACUAUCUUCAAUAUGGUCAAGCCUAUGAUGUCCAAAAAGCAGCAGGGCAGGUUAUACGUCCAUGGAACCAAAUGGGAAGCACUUUACGAACAAAUCCCCAAACAGUAUUUGCCGGUGGAAUAUGGCGGGGAGAAUGGAUCCAUUCCGGAACUACUUAAGGAGUGGGAACAACGAAUUCUGGCCUACAGAAACUACUGGGAGGAGGAGAAGAACUACGGAACCGAUGAACGCCUUCGGGUUGGCAAACCUGUCGACUUCGAGAGUCUUUUUGGACUGCAGGGCUCUUUCCGGCAACUGAAUGUUGACUAAGGCCAUUGGGACCUAUAAAUAGUCUCACCUGGAACUC